AUGCCAUAUCUGGAUGUGACGCUCAAAUCCAAUCCAAAGUAGGUCCCUCAAAGUUCCGAGUAUAAAACCCAGUCGAUUCAGUGUUCGUGUCACCUAUUUCGGUCUCGAGAUCAGCAUUCUCAUCGGCCUUCUUUUCGUUUUCCUCCUUUUUCUGCUCAUCUCGAUUCCGGUCUACUGUGGUGUGAAGUGGUGCGAGGAGCGGAGAAGAAAACGGUUCCGAGCUUCUUUUUGUUCUUGACCCCAAAAUAAAUCUCUUUUUCUCAAAUAGUCUUCCUAUUUUGCGUGACAACCAUCAAGAGCUCUAA